AUGGCUUUUGGCACGAAGCUUAUUCCUUCGGUUGAUAAACCGGCUGCAUAUAUUACUUUAUAUAGGCAGAUGAUUGGUUCUUUAUUGUAUCUAACAUCUAGUCGUCCAGAUAUUAUGUUUGCAGUCUGUUAUUGUGAAAGAUUUCAAUCGAAUCCACGUGAACCACACAUGAUGGCAUUAAAAAAUAUUUUUAGAUACCUUUGUAAGACUACUUCUCUUGGUCUAUGGUAUCCUUCAAACUAUGGAUUUUUUGUUCAGAGACAUAUUCUGAUGUUAAUCUUGGAGGUUGUGGUCUUCAUCGCAAAAGUACUUCUGGAGGGUGUCAGUUCUUGGAUGGUAAAUUGGUUAGUUGGCAAUCAAAGAAACAAACUUGCAUCUCUUUAUCAACCACAGAAGCUGAAUAUUUCGCAACAGCUUCAUGUACUUUGCAAAUCAUCUGGAUACAAAGUCAACGUAGAGAUUAUGGCAUGA